UGGGCCUUUUCCACGUUCAACAACGUAGCGUAACACCCGCGGCCGCACCUUGACGAGACAAGAUCCGGUCCUCCUCCGAUCCUCCGUCUUCCUCCCAGCUAGCGCGCGCGCGGCCCCGGCCCCGGCCCCUCGAUCCAUCCAUCGUCUCGGAUCCCUGCCUGCCUGCCAGUGCAUGCCGCACCCUGGAACUGGAACGGAGGGCAUGGCAGCGUCGCCGUCGCCGGACCACCUCUUCGGCCUGCGCAACAGCUUCUACAUCGGCGCGUACCACGCCGCCAUCACCAGCAGCCAGUCCCUCCCCGCGCACGCGCUCUCCCCCGACGACCUCGUCGAGCGCGACGCCCUCCUCUACCGCUCCUACAUCGCCAUCGGCUCCCACCAGUUGGUGAUCGGCGAGAUCGGGCCCAGCGCAGCCACGCCGCUCCAGGCCGUCAAGCUGCUCGCCGUGUACCUCUCCGGCGACGCCGGGAACAGGGAAUCGGUGGUCUCGAGGCUUCGGGAGCUCCUGUCAGAUGCGGCUGUUGGGACCAAUCCGAUCCUACGGUUGAUGGCCGGCACCGUCUUCAUGCACGAACGCGAUUACGCCGAGGCACUGAAGCACACCAGCUCCGGUGGCAGCAUGGAACUGCAUGCGUUGAAUGUUCAGAUAUACCUUCAAAUGAAUAGGACAGACCAUGCAGAGAAGCAACUCAGGGUGAUGCAACAGCUGGACGAAGACCACACGCUGACGCAGCUCGCCAAUGCAUGGAUCGACCUUGUCAUGGGUGGCUCCAAGAUCCAAGAAGCGCACCUCAUCUUCCAGGACUUGUCCGAGAAGUACCCGGCGACCUGCACGAUUCUUAACGGGAAAGCCCUGUGUUCGAUGCACAUGGGCAACUUCGAGGACGCCGAGGGCUUGCUGCUGGAGUCACUGAACAAGGACGCCAAGGAUGCUGAAACUCUUGCGAACCUCACGGUGUGCAGCCUCAACUUGGGAAAACCUGCAACGCGCUACCUCAACCAGUUGAAGCUAGCACAGCCAGACCACGCGCUGGUGAAGCGAAUGUCCUCCGCUGCAGACAGCUUCGACAGAGCCUGCCAAGCAAUGGCAUGAAAUUUCAUUUGCUCCAUUAUGUUUAUUUUCCCUAGGAUGAAUCGGAAUAAGAUCGUGAUCUUCUGUCUCUGAUGAGAAGCAAAGCAGCUAGAGCUUGGUUAACUUUACUGCUCGCCCAUGACCUGUCUGUCAAUAAAUUUGUCAUGGUAGGAUCUUGAGUUCUCGACUAUAUAUGACAGUUAAGAAAGGCUAUAUAUCUUCUGA